CAAAAACAAUGAAACCCUUUGAAGGGAGAGAAAUUUUAAGACCGAUAUAGACAUUUGAAGACAGAUAGACAGGACAAUGCGCUGUGCCUUCUCAUGUGUUUUUUUUUACGUCAGUGCCUGUGACACGUAGCUUGAGUUCACUAUUUUGUCAACUUUCAAAGCCACAACGAUUUAUGAUGAGUCUCUUAUUUCGAAGGGCAAAACAGAAUGAAUUUUUGAAAUGUUCGUUGACUUAUGAAGGAUUUAAAUAGCAUGCUGUAAGAUAUUUUGUUUAGACGCGCGACAGUCGUAAACCGUAUCCUAUUGCCAAGCAAUAGAGGUUGAUUCAAGCCAAUUGCCGUCGGCAGAGUUGAUUGGUCAUUGGGAAGUUACCCGACGUGGAGGAUCGAUUACAUUCAAGGAAGGACACCUCUAUGAGUUGGAAAUAAAGUUUAUCUACAGUUCUGCAAACUCAUCGCGCAGUAGGCUAAAAUCUUGUUUGGGAGCGGCUCGUUUAUCUUGUUUUUAAGGACUUUUUUUGUAAAGCAAUGGUGGGCAGACUAAACUUGCUGAAUGUAUGUGACAACGACCCAUUGGACAUGAGCUGCAAAGCCGAGCGGGGACUUGACAGCCCGGACUCCGGACUACCCCCCAGCCCCAGUCCGAGCCACUGGCUGUUGCCUGACUGCAGGGAUAAAGGUGCCAUAAGCCCGGUGUCUGAAGAAGAGAGCAGAGGGUCAUCCUUGGUACCCAUUUUAUCGAUUGGAUCUGUUCCUCAGCUGCACACCUUGUCCUACGGGGAGGGCAUAGAACUUGAUCCACUACUUACCAAGGAAAUACGAUACACAUCGUCUGUCCACUAUGACUCAGAGCGUCACUUUAUCCAUGACAUGGCCAUGCAGCCCAGAGGCCUGGGUCUGGAGAACUGCAGCCAGAUGGUCCUGGCUGUUCCACACAGCACCUGGAGACACUACAAGACCCAGCUGGACUUCCAGCCUCGCCAACGGGCCCAGCGCUUCCAGAGCACCACCAUCGUCUACCCCAAGCGCGCUCGCACCAUCUACACAACCGAGCUGAGCUACGACAGUCGCCGGCUUGCCAGGAGAUUCAUGUCGCGGGUGGAGCUGGAGGCUGCUGACUGGAGUAGGCUACCCCAGUAGGUUAGGGGAAGACUGGGCACGGCCUGGGGGAAAAUUCCCUGGGCCCUAAAGGGCCAACCAUCCACCAGGCUGACAUCACCAAUGGAUCCAGGUUACAGACAGUCAUCUAUUAGUUUAGAUUGGAAAGCAUUGUAGCCUACGUUUGAGUACCAGUCUCAAGAGGGAGGAAUCUGAUCUGGAGUAUCAAACAAAUAGCAGGGACAUCUGUGUGAGGCUGCCAUCUACCAAAGGGUUUAUCCAUUAGUAGCUAGUAAAUAUAUUUCUCUGGUAUGUCAAAGUUGGAGUCAUUUUAAUGCAGAGUGUUGAACUGUGGACUGAGACCGGUGAUGUAUCUAUACUAUCACCGUGGAGGAACUUGUGAACCAGAUUUGGAAGUGAAGGAUUGUUAGGGAAGUGUAGUCCGGACCAUCACUGUGAAAACAUUGUGUUUAGGCCUAACCAUUGCAGUGGGGCUCAAUGAACAAUGACCCUACAUUAUACGAUUCUCGGGCAAUAGUGGAGUUUCCAUUUGGCUUUUGUAAGUAUUCACAUUUGUAGACACACAGGGAGUUGUCAAAUUACUGUCUAUUACUGGGCUUUAAAAUGUCUCUUCAAAUCACAGGGUAUUAUGGGGUAUUGGUUGCACAACAUUACUUACCACAAGCAGAAUAUACUAGACUAUAUACUGUAACACCAAACCCCAUCUUAGUCUUGCCUAAACAUACACAUUGUCAUUUACUGUAAGUAUGGUCAUGGAGCAGAAAACCAGUUCUUUCAAAUUGUAAGUGGGUUUUUUUCUCCCCACAGAGAUCAUUGCAAAUUGAUGAAGUUGAUAUUAGUUGGUAAUGAGUAGCAAGAGAUUAUCCAAUGUAUCAUUAUUGUUCUGUUAUACAUUUUUAGCAUUUUCCUAAUAGUGAAAUAUUGUUUUUACUAACAUCUUGUGAACUGUCCCUCAACAGUUCAUUAUCUUUGCCUAUCACCUUCUAGUUGCUUCCAUAGGUUUUGUUUUAUGUAUUUAUUUGAUGCUCAUCAACUCCUUCUGGUAGCCUAAUAGCAAUACACGGCUAUCUUCCCUCAAGGUCCUACAAGGAUGCACAUCUAGAGAACUUGAACUGUCUUGAGAUAAGUGCCUUAUUGAAGUCAAAUGGUAUUGCUUUUAAGCUCUGUUUUAUAGCAGAUUUGAGAAGUUACAAUUUUUUUAUGUACUCAAUAUGAUACAUCAAUUCAAAAUAUAAUCUUGUUAGUAUCAGGAUUUUGUUUUGGUUAUCAAUUAGGGAUGUUCCUAGAUGAGUAGAGCUACAAUUUUAGUGCAAUUACACCAACUCUGAGACAGCUACGCCAUCUGCAGGAUAGAGAAAGUGCUGCACAGAACCAGAAUUAUUAGUUUGAUAACAGCCCCACCUAGAUGUGGUGGUGUGUAAUGGCACCACUGCUCUCAAAGUGUCCCUUAGACUGCUUGGGGCUGUUCAUCACCCCUUGCUGUGAGGCCAGGUAGCGUUUCCUCUGGUUGGGCUUGGUGGGUACCAGCAUUUGGCCAUGUCAACGGUGUUUCCUCCUUGUAUUUCAUUGCCUCUCGCUGGGAUUUAUUGGGGCAGAGGCUGGUCAGACUUCUGGCCUUGGUCUUUUUGCCGUUGUAACCCUUGAAUAUGGGUUUGGACCGUGUGGAGGUGCCGUUGAUGGCCUGUUGCUGCUCAGUGUUAGUAAGUUAAUCUGCUGUGAGUGCAGGACGGCAAAUUGGGUUAAGUUGUUUUGAUUUCACAGCACUAUCACUCAAUACAUCUGUGUUAAAAAAAAUGAAGCUUUAAGCUAAUCAUUGUUUUAUUAAGAGUUGACAGGUAGCCUAGCGGUGCGAUUGGACCAGUAACUGAAAGGUCGCUGGUUCGCAUCCCAGAUGCCCUUGAGCAAGGCACUUAACGCUAAUUGCUCUGGAUAAGAGCGUCUGCUAAAUUACUUAAAUAUAAAAAUGUGCAAUACGCAUAAGUCGCUCCACAAUUGUCUUGGUUGCUAAAAUUAUAAGUGAACCUAAUUUCCGUUUGACAAAACAAUGCAUAGUGUUGAGAAUCAUUGUACCGUCUAAACUGCUGUGAAAUACAAUAUAUAUGUAAAAGUAUGUGGACUCCUUCAAAUGAGUGAAUUUGGCUAUUUCAGCCACACCCGUUGCAGACGGGUGUAUAAAAUCGAACACACAGCCAUGCAAUCUCCAUAGACAAACACUGGCAGUAGAAUGGCCUUACUGAAGAGCUCAGUGACUUUCAAUGUGGCACCGUCAUAGGAUUCUACCUUACCAACAAAUCAGUUUGUCUCAUUUCUGCCCUGCUAGUGCGGCCCCUGUAAACUGUAAGUGCUGUUACUGUGAAGUGGAAACAUCUAGGAGCAACAAUGGCUCAGCUGCGAAGUGGUAGGCCACAUGUUCACAGAACUGGACCACUGAGUGCUGAAGCGAUGAAAAAUGUAUUGUCCUCGGUUGCAACACUCACUACCGUGUUCCAAAUGCCAAACGUCAGCUUUAGGGGUGUAAAGCCACAUUGGACUCUAGAGCAUUGGAAAUGAGUUCUUUGGAAUGAUGAAUCAUUCUUCAGCAUCUGGUAGUCCGACAGACUCAUCUGGGUUUGGUGGAUGCCAGGAGAGCGAUACCUGCCCCAAUGUAUAGUGCCGACUUUAAAGUUUGGUGGAGAAAAAAUAAUGGUCUGGGGCUGUUUUUCAUGGUUCAGGCUAGGCCUCUUAUUUCCAGUGAAGGGAAAUCUUAUGCUUCAGCUUACAAUGACAUUCUAGAUGAUUCUGUGCUUCCAAGUUUGUGGCAACAGUUUGGGGAAGGCCCUUUACUGUUUCAGCAUGACAAUGUCCCUGUGCACAAAGGGAUGUACAUACAGAAAUGGUUUGUUGAGAUCGGUGUAGAAGAACUUGACUGGCCUGCACAGAGCCCUGACCUCAACCCCCAUCGAACACCUUGGAUGAAUUGGAAAGCCGACUGUGGAGCCAGGCCUAAUCGCCCAACAUCAGUGCCCAACCUCACUAAUGCAAUUUUGGCUGAAUGGAAACAAGUCCCUGCAGCAAUGUUCCAACAUCUAGUGGAAAGCCUUCCCAGGAGAGUGGAGGCUGUUAUAGCAGCAAAGGGGGGGACCAACUCUAUAUUAAUGCACAUUAUUUUGUAGUGAGAUGUUCGACGAGCAGGUGUCCACAUACUUUUUGUCAUGUAGUGUGUCUUUUCAAUAACCAACAAUAUUGUAUUUUCAACUGUUUGAAGCUUUUGUUCAAAACUGAAAGUUAAAGAUGCAAAAACAAAAAUGAAUGGGAAACAUCAAAAAAGCCAGUGGUGACCCGUAAUGUUUUGAACACCCUACCUGUUUUGCAUGUUAUUUUGGAAUUAAUACGUGACACAUCAGUUUGCAAACACUGUAAAAAUAAUUUCAAGAAAUCAAGUUAAUAAAGCUGCAAACAAA